AUGAGUCAUUUAUUCAGCGAUAAUAUAAGCCCAGCGGAUUCGGAGAAGAUUGGUCCUAGAAUAAGCGGUUUCACUCAAAAGCAAAAAAAAUAUAUGAAAAACACGUGGGAUGAAUUUGUUUUUAAAAAUUUAACAGCUAUUGGUGCUGAAGCUAUGAUGAGUGUUUUUGAAAAUAAUAAUGACAUCAAGGAAAUGUUUCCGGCUUUUAAAAAAAUUCCAAUUGACCAACUAAAACAUAACGAAAAAUUUAAUGCACAUUGUAAAAUGAUAAUGAACGUAUUAAAUAAAGCCCUUAAUGCCUUUUUCGAUGACAACGAUGAGCUGUUUGAAAAAAUAGUUAAGAUUAUUGGAGAACGUCAUGCCAUGUGGGCCAAGAAUCCGAUAAUUAUAAAACAAUUUCAAUGUGUACAGGUGCCGUUGAUUGACAGCCUAAAAAUUCGUUUAGAAUCACAAUGGACUGAGGAAACGGCUAAUUUGUGGACUUAUGCAGUAGAAAAAGUAUUUAGAGCUAUGAUUGUACCAAUGAAAGAAGUCUUUUUGUAA